AAAGAUGAAGUGCUCUAAUCUGAAGGUGGCGUUAGGUAACAAGGAGUAUAUAAACGAGGUACGUCUUGGUAAAAUCAGUAAUACAUUGUUACUAAAAUCUCCAUACUAACAUGGAAGCCAUCAAGAUCGUUCUUCUCGUUGUCCUCGCCUGCUUCAUGCAAGGCCAGGCAGUUCCAGUUAAAAAGACAAACGACCUGAAGCCACUGCUAUACAUCACCGUGACCGCUGCAGCCUACACCGGCAAGGAGGAGACUCAGGUAGCCCAGUUGGAGCUUGACGCCACCAUCUCAGGCCAGCCUAAGUCCAAGCAUGUCGAUAUUCGAUCUAUCACUGAUAUGAUCAACAACAAAAUGUCUUCAAUCCAAGCUCAGCAAUACGAUGAAAACACGGUUUCAUUUGGCUCCAUUAAGAACAGUCUUCCCCUAGCUGUCAGUGCCAAGAUUGAGGCAGAGGUUGUCAUCAACCAGUCUGAUAAGGAUCCUAAAAUCUAUGGCCUUGAACUGGACUUCAACCUUUGGGCCCAGAAGAAACAUAACGAAACCCUUAUUAAGUUCUAACUCAAGAAGUACAUCUAUCUAGAGUUCUAGAAUGCAAAUAAAUAUAUUAUAACAUA